GGGCUGGGUUCUGAACCAAAACACAAAACUGAGAAGCCGCACCGGAAAUGAGAAAAAAAAAUGCCCAAGAAAUAAAUAAAUAAAUGAAAUAUUACAAAAUUCUUGAAGGAACGAGAAAUUUUCUACUAAAAAAUGGCGACGUGCUCCUUUUCAUCUCCGACGAGCGUUAAGCACCACCGUGCUCCGUCGCCGAUAUACAACUGCUCCACCGAAAACACCAAGUCGAGAGCUCUUUGCUUCACUGCUUCUCAUAAAAUUAAUCUGCACCGUUCAUUCCUCUUCAAACGCAAUCCUUGGUCGGGCCGCUGCUACGCUACCGGGCCACCAUCAGAACCGCCUUCCGAGAAAAAUUUAGCUCCAAUUUCAGGUGUAAGAUCGGCUUUCACGAGAUUUCAGGAUAGCUUUCAGAUAUUCUUUGCUGUGCUAUUUUGGAUGUCUCUCUUUUUCUGGUCUUCUGCAUGGAAUGGAGGAGACGGCAGCAAGCGGAACAAAGGAUCCCGAUUUAGGAAAUAAACUGCGUAAGCUGCCAUGCUGUACAGAUAGAACCAGUGGAUGAAUUUCGACAGAAAAAUGUCAAAAGAGAGGUAUUUAAGUAAUUAUUACGUAUACUCGAGUAGCUCGUCAAAUGCUCAUAACCUAUUUCAGCUGGAUCCACAUUAAAAUGAGCCCAUUUCACUUAACAAAAAAAGCCCUCUGUAUGACUUUACUUGUCCUAUCUGCUUGGUUGCAUAUAACUAUAUAACGUUUGGACAAUGAGCUUCAGGCAGCAGUGCACAUGUUUAGGUGUGUCGAUUGAUGUUAUUUUUACACGCCCAAAGUACACUUCUGUGUCGGGCUUAUUGGUGCAAAAUUUGGUCAUAUGGAUAUGAGCUUUCGGAAAAGCGUGUCGCUUUCUUUUUUGGAGUGUUGUCGUGGCUGAUUGUGGUUCGUUGUCCCAACAAUUUGAGUAAACGGCCUCUCCAUUUUUAAACUUAGAUAUAGUUAGUUAUAAGUUUUUGUUUCUUUGUUAUGGACUAGAUUUAGAGUUGUUAAAAACGAGUUGCAUGUUAGUUAGGCUCCAACAAAUAGUGUUGUUAAAUUAAACGAGUC